UCAAUCAAACCGCCUACAAAGGAGGAGAAGGAAGGUCAUGAUGACCGGUGCAGGUCGCUAGGUAGCAGAAAGUACACCGUCAGAAGUGACAGACUGCAAGGGAACUGAGCGACUGCUUCUUCCAUUUCCCGGAUUGGCUUUGCUUUUAAAUCACCCGCAAGGCUGAAAAAAAGUUGAAUUGCAGAAACGUGGCAAUGGGAAAUACCCUCGUGUGAUUUUUUUUAUUGUAAAAUUUGGAGAUCUGCCGGCUUGCUUGCUCCUUGAUUUUUUGGAGGUGACGAUGUGGAGACUGGCCACUUGCUCCGUGGUGUUCCUGCUGCUGCGCUCCCUCACCGCUCUGCCGUGGCCGCUGCUCUGCGCCGCUACCUGCGCUCUCUACCUCGCCUCGGGAGGCCGCACGUUCCUGGGCAUCUUCUUCAAGACCAUCCGCCGGGACGUGCAUGCCGCAGGGGUCCUCCUCAAAGUCAAGCUCAACGUGAGGCGCAACUUGAAGCUGAACAACACAAUUCCGAAAAUCUUCCACGAAGUGGUCCAGAGGCACCCGGACAAGAUUGCACUCAUUUUCGAGGGGACUGGCGUCGCCUGGAGUUUCCGGGACCUGGAUGAGUUCUCCAACCGAGUGGCCAACUGUUUCCGGGAGCAGGGCUUCCGCACCGGCGACGUGGUGGCGCUGUUCAUGGAGAGCAGGAGCGAGUAUGUGGGACUGUGGCUGGGGAUGGCCAAGAUUGGUGUGGAGGUGGCACUGAUUAACUUCAAUCUGCGGAUGGACGCACUGGCGCACUGCAUCAACAUCUCCAGAGCCAAGGCCAUUGUGUUCGGGGGCGAACUGAACACUGCCCUGAAGGAGAUCCAUACGCUGCUGGGCAAAUCCAUCUCCCUCUACUGCUGUGGAGAGCCCGAUUCCUCGGAGGUGCUUCCCGGUACGGAAAACCUCGAUCAUCUGCUGGAGGCUACGUCAAGCCGGCCCCCUCCCCCGCUCCAGAGCCGAGGAUUCACAGAUCGUCUGUUUUAUAUCUACACCUCAGGAACGACAGGCAUGCCCAAGGCAGCUAUAGUUGUCCACAGCAGGUAUUACCGAAUGGCAGCUUUGGUUUAUUAUGGGUUUCGAAUGCGCACUGACGACAUUGUCUAUGACUGUCUGCCUCUCUACCACUCUGCAGGGAAUAUUGUGGGAAUUGGGCAGUGUCUCCUGCACGGACUGACUGUGGUAAUUAGGAGGAAGUUCUCUGCCUCACGCUUUUGGGACGAUUGUGUGAAAUACAGGUGCACGAUUGUACAGUACAUCGGGGAGAUAUGCCGUUACCUGCUGAGCCAACCGGAGCGGGCAGUGGAGAGGCAGCACCGUGUGCGGAUGGCGCUGGGGAAUGGCCUGCGCCCGUCCAUCUGGGAGGACUUCACGUCCCGCUUCCACAUCCCACAGGUGGCUGAGUUUUACGGAGCCACGGAGUGUAACUGCAGCCUCGGAAACUUCGACAACAAGGUUGGUGCCUGUGGCUUUAACAGUCGCAUUCUGCCAUUUGUCUACCCGAUCCGGUUAGUUAAGGUGAAUGAGGACACGAUGGAGCUGGUUCGAGGAGCUGAUGGUGUCUGUAUCCCCUGUAAACCAGGUGAGGCGGGUCAGUUGGUGGGUCGGAUUGUCCAGAGUGACCCUCUGCGGAGGUUCGACGGAUACGUCAACGAGACGGCGACCACCAAAAAGGUCGCACAGGACGUGUUCAAGAAGGGGGAUGCUGCCUACCUCUCAGGCGACGUCCUGGUCAUGGACGAGUAUGGUUACAUGUAUUUCCGAGACCGCACGGGGGACACUUUCCGUUGGAAAGGUGAGAAUGUGUCGACCACAGAGGUGGAGGGGACUCUGAGUCGGAUCCUCGGCAUGACGGACGUUGUGGUGUACGGAGUUGAGGUGCCCGGUGCAGAAGGUAAAGCUGGAAUGGCUGCGAUAGCAGACCCUAACCAUCAGAUCAACCUGGAGACGUUCUACACUGACCUCGAGGUAGCUUUACCUCAGUACGCACGACCCAUAUUCCUGCGAUUAUUACCAGCGGUGAGCAAAACAGGAACGUUCAAAUUCCAAAAAACAGACAUGAGGAAGGAGGGGUUCGACCCGAGGAACAUUAAGGACAAACUUUAUCUCCUGGAUCAAAAACAGCGAACGUACAUCCAAUUGGAUGAAGAGCUCUUCAGAAGCAUCCAAUCAGGGAAACGGAAAUUGUGAUGAAAGCUCAGUGAUCUCUCUCUAACUGUUUGUUUACCUCACUCUUACUGCUGUGAGUAGCCAGAAAUAGCAAAAGGGAUAAUUAAUUCCAUUUCUGUUACUUGACCAGAUUUGCAUGUACAGGAACUUUACAGAGAAUUCCAUUAUUUUUCUUUAAGUUUAUUACAGAUUUGCUAGUAAUUUAUGAAGAGCGAUUAUUACAAUUUUGCACAAGAGAAUUAUAAUUUUUAUUAUCGGUUUUGUUUGGGAUGGUGAUCUUCAAUUGGGACAGAGCUUUUAUUUAUUGGUUUCUUCGACAGCCCUGUGUAGCAUCUUUGGGUGUUUGAACGUUUAAUUAAACGGGAUUCAUACGGGGAUGUGAGCUGUCACCGUUUGAUCUCCAUAUAAAUUA